GGCGCGGAGGUGUGACCCGGCGUCCGGCGAGCGGCGGCGUCUGCGGAGUGGCGGGUCCGCGGACCGGCGGGCGAGCGGGGACGGGCGUUUCGCCGCGCGCUCGGGCCUGGCCCUGGCGUUCCCCGGAGCACACCGAAUCCUCGCCACGCGGAGGGCGCCUGGAGGCGCAUCCUGGAGAACCUUGGCCGCACGGGGCCCAUUUCUCGCCCCUCACGUUCCGGGAGCCCGGCACUCUGGUAACAAAUAAUCAUCUGAAUUUGUCAAGAUGUCUUCAGCACCUGAGCCUCCGGCCUCUACAAAGGAACCACCCAAGGAGAAAGACUUUGGAAACCCAGGGCUUAGAGGGGUCCGCACGACUACCUUAUUUCGAGCUGUGAAUCCAGAACUCUUCAUUAAACCUAACAAACCUGUAAUGGCUUUCGGAUUGAUAACCCUUUCGCUUUGCGUGGCUUAUAUUGGUUAUCUACAUGCAACACAGGAGAAUAAAGAGGACCUCUAUGAAGCUAUUGAUAGUGAGGGAAACAGAUAUAUGAGGAGAAAAACGUCUAAAUGGGAUUAACAGCGCUGGUCACUGCAGGCGCAGCUGUGAGGGCUCUGAAAUCCUCACGGGAGAGACUGAGUGGACAUGACUGUGUUUCUGGGUCUAAAAUAUGUUAAUGAGGAAAAAUAGCAGUUGCAACCAAACCACUGGAGUAAAUUUGGUCCUUUUAAAGCUGCAGCUUUUAUCUCCUUUUCCCAGAGAAAGAGCCACUCAAUACUUUCCUUUUAUUAAAUCCUUGUAUAAAAAUGCCAUGAGAAUGGAAGUCAUUUUUGUUAAUUAUUAAGUUCUACAUAAUAAAAGUACCCAGUGGUAUUGAGUUUGCAUAAUGUUUUUAAUAUUUCAAGGUGAACUGUGCAGUUGCAACUGUUUCGAGAGUUUAGUUUUAUUUUGCUAUUUGUAAAGGCAAUGUUCAUUUUCUACCUGACAUAAAACCCAUAUUUGUUGGGGGAGAAAAGUAAUUUCAAUUACUGUAAAGUCUACAGUUCACAUUAAAGACAUAGUUUUUAAAGAUG